AUGGCUGCACCACAUCCUCUUUCUGCCCUCACCAUACGGGAGACCAACCUUGCACGCGACAUCGUCAAGGCCUCUCACCCCGGUGCGCUGCUGUUCUUCAGACAAUCGUAUCUGUUCGAGCCCCCCAAGGAAGAAGUCCUCAAGUUUCUGGAGCUUGAGCAUUCAGGCGCUUUGACUACUUCUUCGCCAAGACCUGAUCGCUGCGCGCAGGUGUUUUACGAUGUCAUUGGUGGAGAUCAGAAGUCGCAGUACUAUGAGUCUGUGGUUGAUGUUACGAAGCGGAGUAUCGUGGCGCAGGAGAUUAUCAGUGAAGAGCACCAAGCCAGUCUGACUACUGCUGAGUUUGAUAUUGUGGUUGAUGCUUGCAAGAGAUCAAAGAUGUUCCAGGAUAAACUCAAGGCAAUCAAGCUCCCCGAGGGUUUUGAGACAGUCAUUGAGCCCUGGCCAUAUGGUGCACCAGACUUGGAAGAUGGAAACACUCGCUUCUUCCAAGCUCUCGUCUUCGCGCGCGAUGCUCGCAAAGGCCAAGACUCCAACUUUUACGCUUAUCCCAUGCCCUUGAUCCCCGUCAUGGAUGCCGCUACCAAGGAGAUCAUCCGCAUUGACGAGCCUGCUACGGGCGGCAAGGGUGAUAGUUUGACUGACAAGACCUACGCUGCUGGGUGUAUUGAUCACUGCCAGAGCGCAGAGUACGUUCCUGAGCUUCUCCCUAAUGGGACGAGGAAGGAUUUGAAGCCUUUGAUGGUUGUGCAGCCUCAGGGACCUAGUUUCUCGAUUACAGAGGGAAAUCUUAUCCAGUGGCAGAAGUGGAGAAUGAGGGUUACGUUUAAUCCUCGUGAGGGUGCUGUUGUUCACGAUAUCCGAUAUGACGGACGUCCUGUUAUGUACAGAUUGAGUAUCAGCGAUAUGACUGUCCCUUAUGCUGAUCCUCGUCCACCAUACCACCGCAAGCAAGCCUUUGACUUUGGUGACGGAGGUCUUGGCCACUGCGUCAACAACCUUACUCUCGGCUGCGACUGUCUCGGUGUCAUCAAGUACUUCGACGGUGUCCUCACAGACGCAGACGGCACCGCCCAAGAAACCAAGAACGCCAUCUGUCUCCACGAGCAAGACAACGGCAUCAACUGGAAACACACCGACUGGCGAACCGGCCGCGCAGUGGUGACCCGCCGCCGCGAGCUCGUCAUCCAGUUCAUCAUCACCCUCGCCAACUACGAGUACGUCUUCAACUACAAAUUCGACCAAGCAGCUGGCAUCGUCGUCGAAGCCCGCGCCACUGGCAUCGUCUCCGUCGUCAACAUCGACCCCGGCAAGACCGCCCCCUGGGGAAACGUCGUCAGCCCUGGAGCCCUCGCUCAAAAUCAUCAGCAUGUGUUCUGCGUUCGUAUUGAUCCGUCUAUCGAUGGUUCUGAAAACACUGUUGUGCAGGAGGAGAGUCUUCCUUUGAGAAUGGAUAAGAGGACGAAUCCUAAUGGAAACAUGUAUGAAGUUCGUCAGACGCCCAUUACUACAUCUCAAGGCAUAGACGCAGCUCCGAUGAACAACAGGGUUUUCAAGGUUCAGAACUUGAACAAACUGAACCGUGUAUCGGGUAAGCCAGUUGGUUACAAGAUCACACCGCCAGCAACACAACUCCUCCUCGCCGACCCCAACAGCACACAAGCCAAGCGCGCUCUAUUCGCCAAGCAUCAUUUCUGGGUGACCAAGUACAAGGACCACGAGUUCUUCGCUGGCGGACGGUACACUCUUCUCAGCAAGACUGAAGUCGGGGGUGUGAGCGACGCAGCUGAUCGAUGCGACGACGUGUUGAAUCAGGAUAUUGUGUGCUGGAGUGUCUUUGGCCUUACGCAUAACCCUCGAGUUGAGGACUGGCCUGUUAUGCCUGUUGAGAUGCUGCAGUUGCAUAUCUCGCCUUCGGAUUUCUUUACGGGUAAUCCGGCGCUUGAUGUUCCUUCUGAUAAGGAUAUUGGGUCGAGAUUGACUUCUGGGUGCUGUAAGGAGGAGGGACCUAAGCUGUAGGCAGGGUAUUGGUUGACAUUACUUGGCAUGGCAUCGAAAUUGUACAUCAGUGUUUGCAUUAUUUUAGCAUGAAUGAGAUUUCUUGAGACAACUGCCGGCUUCUGCUUCUACUGUGAAACGAUCCCGGUAGUGGAUGUGUUGAAACCAAACAUUUGUAAAAUUGUUUGUGA